UGUAGUUUCAGGUUUGUGUGAAUGAGAGAAACCUGAGGAAUACGCUGGGUUUGAUAACUUUGUGAGUGGAAGUCAGAUUCUCUCUCUGUUUCGAUGGAGAGUGUGAAGCAGCUCUCCAACAGGAGGAGAAAUUGGAUACCUGAUAUGGAAGCAUCCAGCAGAGCAGGAUAGUGUUUGAAGUCCCACGAACUCCCUCAUGUUCCCAUGUUCAGUUUUGCACAGCAGUAGUCAACAUCCAUUGAAAUGGCAGGAGGAUUUAGGAAAACGGAAAGCAAAAGCUGAUUUUUUAAUUUUUUUUUUUCCCCCAUUUUUCACGUGGCAGAGGUUUCCUAGGAAAGAUUAGUCCUGCAGGAAAAGAAGUGGACCAAACCAGUGAUUAUCUAUUUAUCAUCUAUGGAUGGUGCAGAUGAGGGGAGCAUAUUGGAAAAUUAUACCAGAAUAUUAUACAGCUGAUUUUUGUACUCUUGAAAUAUUUUUAAUGGAAAGUUACGCUUGCAUCUGCUCAUACGAAAAUUGUCCCUGACGAAGCAUAUCCUCGAUAAGACAGAAGAAAAUACAUCUUGACAUGGGUUUUUGAGCUCUGGGCUGGGAAGAGCUGUGUUGUACAGGGAUCAGAGGGAAAGGGGUCUGCACAGUCUCAAAGGGUCACGAAGGAGAAGGUUAAAUAUCUGUAUGGAGCACCUAAGCAGAGAAGACAUGGUUGGGUAGUGCAUCAAGGAGGAAGAAAUAAGAUGCAAGUGGCAGAAGGCAAACAAGUAGUUGUGAAAGCAGGGAUGGGACUAUAUUUAUCUAUGAGAGAGGUUGUGAGGUAGGCAAAUAAUUAUUAUGUUUGUUUCACUGAGAUUUUUCUGAGUAGAAGUCGGCCUUUGUGCCUUUUUUUGGGAGGUGUUGUGUAAUCUUUUGAAGGAAAGUGAAUUUGCCAUAAGACAAAUAGGAGAGUCCAGUUUACACUGAUACAAAGACAGCUCUGUGUGACCAUGGAGCAAUUUUUCCCAUUACUCCUCCCCAGAGACAGUUACAUCAAGCGAUUGAUUUCUUAUUUUUCAAUUUUGAAGGGAAAAAAUAGAAUAUGGUUUCUGGAGAAUUUUUGAAAAUAGUACUUCAGAAACAGUAAGAGUGGCAUGUUUACUGUCUGUAUCCAUCUUUGUGUCAUUUGACACUCCUUUGGUGUGGUGUUUUAUGAGACCCCUGUCUAACUGUAUGGCCUUUCAAACAACUUUGCAUCUCAGUCAAAUUGUACCUGUUUCAUUUACCUGUUCAGAGUGUUCAUAUUCAAGAUCUGAAUCCUCCCAAAGAUCCUUCAGGUAAUAAUAGUGUUUGGGGAUUUUUUUCGGUCUGUCUCAAAUAUUGACUUUCAAGUUGUUCUUCCCAGAUUUGAGUUAGUGAAUAAUAAAAACGUUUCUUUAUGUCCAAAUUCAGAUGUUGAGUCUGGAGCACAUUCCCAUAGUCCAGCUGUUUUUGUUAUACCCGUGUGCUGCCCAUACUGAUUAGAAAAUCUUGAAAUUCCACAGGUUUGUCUCUAAGACAAUGAUUGCUGGUUUCUGUUGUGAAGUUCUCCCUGAAUUAUGGCAAACACAGGGUCUUUUUAAAUACACGAUUCAUCUGGUCUUUAAAGAAUGCUCCUCUAUGCUUCGAGAUACAAGCUUUUUAUUUUAAACUAUUUUUUUCUAACCCAGGUGGGAGUGCUGUGAUUUUACCCAUUUAUAAACACUGUGGAAGCAGAACAAUGUCAGGUUCAGUCAAGGAGGGAGCAGGACCAGACUAAGUGUACUGAAGAAUUUCACAUAUUGUAAGCAACAAAUACAUUUAGGUUUGGUUGUUUAUGGUUCUUUUGGCUUUGGUUUUGGUUAGAUUCUUUUUUUUUUUUUUUUUUUUUUUUUUUUUUUUUUUUUUUACCCUUGGGGACUGUUUUGGGUUUUCUUUGUUUGCUGGGUUUUUCCUUGUUAGGUUUUGGGGUUUUUAUUUGUAGGGAGAGAGAGAGAUAUCACUACUUAGUUGAAUAGAUUUAAUCUCUUUGGAAACUUUUGCAGAGACUGAGACUAAAUUCUUCCUUACUGUUGCUUUUUCUUCUGCUUUACCCUUUCCUUCCCACCUUCCCACUUGUGAGUGGGGUCAAAUGCUGUGCUUACCUGGCUCAUUGUAAAUAUGGAUUGCAACAGCUUUUAAUGGAAAAACAGAACUUCUUUUCUACCUAAACUUAUGUAACUAGUGAGAACACCACCCUGGAAUGAGAAGUGUUGCUUUACUAUUUUUAGUGUGCAUUGUACCCAUUAACUCACCAGACACUUAUGAAAGGGAAAAUUAUAAAGUAUUUUUAAAUUGCCAACACUAGAGACAAGUGAAAAAAUGACAUUUAGAUUUUUCAUGUCCAGUUCUUUUGCUGAAUAAAUAUUUACAAUGCCUGUUUAUAAUGUCAUGUCAAAUUAAACUAGUAUUUAUUUUGCCUGGAUGAAAGCCACAAGUAGCCUGAAUUAACCUUAAGAAAAAUGUUGAGAUUGCAAAAAUACUGAGGUCAAUACAGCAAACAGUUCUCUGAGUACUGCAAAUGCUGUUUUUGCAGUUUAACUCCAGCUCUCUUGAACAAAAACAGUGAAAAUAUCUCUCAGGUCAGUUUUCCAUUAAUAGAAAAUUUGAUGGCCAUAAUUUUAUUUUCAUGAAAUGUAAGUAAUAAAAAGGUAAUGUCUUACCCUCAGUGGUGGAAAAGAUCUUGUAACAAACCCCAGGAGAUUAUUGCAGGGGAGCCUGAUAAUAUUUUUCUAUGCUAAUUCUCAUUUUGCAGUGGGAGUGGAUGAUGUCAUCCUGUCUCCUCCCACAGUGCAAACGAAGCUUGUGUCCAAGUGCUGCUGCCUCUUGUUACAGAGAGAACGGUUCACUUAAAUGCAGCUGCUGCACCUCUGUGUGAUACCUGGCAGAGCCAUUCCCAGUGCGAGGUUGGGCUUGUCACCACCAUGUCAAGAUUUGUCUGUCUUCUUUUCUGUGGAUAUAUUGCACUAAACCUGGGAAAUACUCAGAAAUUGCCAAGAGUGAAAAGGCAGAGUCUGAAGGUUCAGAUCAAUGCAACAGACGACACUGUUUGCAUGAGGUAUCUUCGACCAAGUCAAAGCACCAAAUUACAAGGUUUUGUCCUGGGUUAUGGAAGCAACUUCUUUUCUAAUCAGUACAUUCCUUUACCUUCAGAAGGAAAAAACUAUGUAACAGAACUUGAUGCAGAGCCACGGUAUUUGGUUUCAGUAAGACCAGCACGUGUUUCAAAUAACAAGAAAUCUUGUUCAGGUCGGAACAAGACGCAAAAGCCUCUGCAGCUGGUGGUUGGCACUCUCACCCCAACCUCUGUAUUUCUCUCUUGGGGCAUCCUAGUCAACCCUCAACAUGACUGGACAGAGACAAGUAACUGUGCUAGCGACAGGUUCUAUACAGUUCGCUACAGAGAAAAAGGUAAAGACAAGAAAUGGGUUUUUCAGCUCUGCCCAGCCACAGAGACAGUGAUUGAAAAUCUGAAGCCAAACACACCUUAUGAAUUUGGAGUCAAAGACAAUGCAGAGGAUAGUAUUUGGAGCAAGACUUUGAAUCAUAAGACAGUUCUCUCUAGUAAAAAAGUAAAUGGACAAAUCCAGAAUAUGUACAAGCUGGUACCCAAUUCCCAAACACAGAUUAUACUGAGUGAUAACAAGAAGUUGGUUCCUGUCACAAUAAUCAAACAAAUUAUUCAAAAUCGGACACAGUCAAAACCACCAGAUAGUUCUUCUCUCCCAGGAGCAAUAUUAGUGCACCUUAUUGUUCCAGGUCUCAAUGAAAGUCAGCAGAAACUCCCUCCUCUCCUGACAAUAGAUGACAUACCUCAAGCAUCCAGGAAAAAACUAGCUAAGAAUGAAACUGGAAUAUGGCCUGCUGAAUCCAAAACCCCAGAAGUUCAAGAAAUCUCUCCACAGUCCCUUCCAGCUCAGGCUGAGAAAACACUUGGACCUGAAGAUUUUAAAUCAACGCCUAAACCCAAACUGGUGCAAACUCAAAACAUACCGGCAUCUAACGAAAUACAGCUCCCUCCUUCUGGAUCCAGAAUCCCUGAUGCUCCAAAAAGCCCAUUGACAGAACUUGCUACUCAGAGUCCAGCCUCGAAAUCCAUACCUCUACCUUCUGCAGAAACCAGAGAGAUGGAAAUGGCUUUUGAGGAAAAACAGACUGUUUCUCCAGGAUCCAAAGCAUCUGGUACCAUGGAAGUGCAACCAACCCGAUCCGCUUCACACGACUUUCUUCACGUUAUUACUACUCCCCAAACUUUUACAUCUUCAGAAAUACCAGGCACUGAUUUGGGUGAAAGGAAGCCUCUUUCUUCAAGAUUCACAACACCUGGCAUGCCAGAAAUGCCACCAAUCUCAGCUGCAACUGAGAGACCAGACCUGGAACCGACCUUGUCUGCUCCACGGGAAAGCACCAGGAAGGCUCCCCGAAGACCAAGGCCGAAGUCCACCACUCCUUCCUCCCCGGCAACUCAACAAACCGUGAUGGCCUCACAUGAUUUUCUUCAUGUUACUUCCACUCUCCAAACUUCUACAUCUGCAAAAGGGUCAGAGCAAGAGACUGCUACCCGGGGAUCAGGCCUGAAAAUCACUUCUCAUCCCUCCAUGGAAACCAGAGGGAGCAUGAUGGCUUUUGAUGAAAAUCAGCACAUUUCUUCAAGAUCUGAAAUGCCUGGCAUCCAAGAAAUGCCAUCAGCUGUACCCGCUCUCCCGAGACCAGUUCUGGAGCCCACAUCUUUUCCUUUCCUGAAAACCACGAGGACAGUGAUGGCAACUGAGAGACCAGACCUGGAACCGACCUUGUCUGCUCCACGGGAAACCACCAGGAAGGCUCCCCGAAGACCAAGGCCGAAGUCCACCACUCCUUCCUCCCCGGCAACUCAACAAACCGUGAUGGCCUCACAUGAUUUUCUUCAUGUUACUUCCACUCUCCAAACUUCUACAUCUGCAAAAGGGUCAGAGCAAGAGACUGCUACCCGGGGAUCAGGCCUGAAAAUCACUUCUCAUCCCUCCAUGGAAACCAGAGGGAGCAUGAUGGCUUUUGAUGAAAAUCAGCACAUUUCUUCAAGAUCUGAAAUGCCUGGCAUCCAAGAAAUGCCAUCAGCUGUACCCGCUCUCCCGAGACCAGUUCUGGAGCCCACAUCUUUUCCUUUCCUGAAAACCAUGAGGACAGUGAUGGCAACUGAGAGACCAGACCUGGAACCGACCUUGUCUGCUCCACGGGAAAGCACCAGGAAGGCUCCCCGAAGACCAAGGCCGAAGUCCACCACUCCUUCCUCCCCGGCAACUCAACAAACCGUGAUGGCUUCACUGGACUCUAAUGAUAUUAGUUUCCUGUCCCAAACUUCUGCAUCUGCAGAAAUAUCAAAAACAGAGACUGUUACAAGUUCAGCUGACCUGGAAAAAUCUAUGCCUCCAGUUUCCAGAACACCUCAUGUGCUAACGACUGCGGCUUUCGGUGGUACUCAACCUGUUCUUUCAAGUCCUGUGACACCUAGUAAGCCUGAAAUAGCAGAAGCUGGACCAGCAGCAAGGAGUGAACCCAUUCUGGAAUCUUUCACACCUAAAACUUCCCGUCCUUUUCAAUGGCCAAGGGUAACAUUAGCUCCAAAAGAAAUACCACUUAUUCCUUCUAAACUGAAACCAUCUGCCACCCCAGAAGUACAACAUGUGAAACCUGCCCCUAAACCACCACUUUUGGAGCCUAAAACUUCUCAGACUGUUGAACAACCAAAAGCAACACUAGCUCCUAAAGAAGCAAAGCUCACUACUUCUGCAUCUAAACCUAGACCAUCUGCCAGACCCCAAAAGCCACGAACUAAACCUGCAGCAACCCCUCCAGUGUCAGUCACUACUAGGAGUCCCCACACGUACGAACAUCCAAAGACUGCAGAGGUCUUGGAACCUAUUAUACUUAGAACUGAACCACCAAGGUCACCCAUAGCUCCCAGGGAGACUCCACGUGUUCCUUCUAAACCUAAAACUCCACCCAAACCUCACGUCCCCCAAGCCAAAGAUGUCCUGGAAUCUAUCACACUUAGAACUGAUCAACUAAAACCAACAAUAGUUCCUAGAGAACCACAGCGCGUUCCUUCCAGACCUAGAACAUCACCAAGCCCAGAGGUGCCACGAACAAAACCUGCUUCUAAAGAUACAUAUCACAGGCCCUCCAAACCUAAAACAUCACCCAGUCCACGUAUUCCUCCAACUAGACCAAGUCCAAAAGAAAGUCGACGUGUCCCUUCCAAGCCCAGGGCAUCACCAAGUCCAGAUGUACCUCACAAAAAACCUGGUCUUAAAGAACCACAACACAUUCCUUUUAAACCUAGAGCAACUCCUAUCCCGGAUGUUCCAUACAGGAAGCCUGAGAUUCUUCCAACCUUUGAUGAACGGGAUACUACUAUGAUUCCUUAUAUUCCUGAAAGAACAAAGGCAACAUUUGCUCCAACUGAAAAGCCAUUCAUUCCUACCAAACGCAAAACAACUGAAAGACCAAGAGUGCCAUACACCAGACCUGCAAUACGUCCGACAACUCCACAACCAAUUAUUACAAAAUCUUCUGCUACCACUGGUCAUUCAAGGGCAACAAUGGCUCCAAAAGAAACACUGCUCAUUCCUUCCAAAUCCAAAACAUCUGUUGGGCCAGAAGUACCACAAACCAAACCUGCUCCAAGGGCAACACACCUGGGAUCAAUUAACCUUGUAACAGUUCAUGUUGUUGAUGAGUCCAAAAUAACUUUGGUUCCCAAUGAAACAUACCACGUUUCACUGAGGCCCAAAAUUGGUCAAGCAACUGAAAUUCCUUGGUUCGACACAGCACCUCAUAAAACUCGUCUCACUUCUGCAAGACCAAAGCCAUCGGAUAAAUCACAGGCCAGACCUGCUUUUAUUGGAACCACACUAGCACCAGCCAGAACAAGAGCACCUGGACUGCCGAAGUGGAUUGUGCCAACAGCAGAUGGCCUUUAUACACCUGAGGCUACUGCCAGACCAAUUGACAUGGGUGUCAAAAGACCUCCAGAAUAUGUUGACACCUGGCAAAAGCCGAUUUCUGUGACUACAUCACCUGGCCCCCAGCACCCUCCUGUACCUCCUGCCAGGCCUACACAGAUGAGAAGAAAACCUUUGCCUCCUAACACUGUGACUGGUAAACCGGGGAGCCCAGCUAAGCCUGCUGGACCAACACCACCUGUGAGGACAGGAACAUUAUAUAAGACACCAACAGCUUUUGCAACUCCAGAGUACGAUGUUGAUGCAACUGUCUUCAGCUCAAGCCCUACAUCAGAAACAGAUUCUUCAGGAAAACCAAGGUACCAAGCCCCCCAUGUCAAGUACAUGAAGAAAGAUGAUGAUGUGCCUUGCUCCAUCACAAGCUCUCUUGAACAUUUUCCUCAAGAAGAAGUUGGCAGCAAGGGAGAACCCACCCGUCCUCCACAAAACCCUCCAACCAACCUCACGGUGGUGACUGUAGAGGGCUGUCCAUCCUUUGUCAUAUUGGAUUGGGAUGAACCACACAAUGACACUGUUACUGAGUAUGAGGUUGUGUCAACUAAAAAUGGAAGUGAUGGAGAAAAGGAGAAAUCAAUCAUCACUACAAACCAAACCCAUUCUACUGUGGAAAACCUAAAACCUGACACAAGUUAUGAAUUCCACGUGAAACCUAGGAACCCCCUUGGAGAAGGCCCAAGUAGCAAUGUUGUGACAUUCAGUACUGAAUCAGCGGACCCAAGAGUGAGCGAGCCAAUUUCAAUGGGGAAAGAUGCUAUCUGGACUGAAAUCCCAUUCAAUUCAGACACAUAUUCAGAAUGCAAAGGCAAACAAUACGUAAAGAGGACUUGGUAUAAGAAGUUUGUGGGUGUGCAGCUGUGCAAUUCUUUGAGAUACAAGAUAUACCUCAGUGAUUCACUUACAGGAAAAUUUUAUAACAUAGGAGACCAGAGGGGCCAUGGAGAAGAUCACUGCCAAUUUGUAGACUCAUUCUUAGAUGGAAGGACAGGACAGCAAGAAGAUCUACCAGUCAAAGAUGGGUUUUUCAGGGCAGUUCGUCAGGAACCUGUCAAAUUUGGGAAAAUCGGCGGGGAGACUCAGAUCAACUACGUCCGCUGGUACGAGUGCGGCACGUCGAUCCCUGGCAAGUGGUAGGCGCCACUGGAGGCGGUGCAGAGCCCGGCCCGUGCCCCGCAGGCUGCAGGAAGGCAACGCCGAGUGCCAGGCUCAUUGCAGUCUGAUGCCAAUACUGCCUUAAUUGUGUAAUAGUGUAGGCUGCUUACUGUAGUUAUCCAGUGUUACAAAUCUGUUUUUAGAAUAAAAAAGAAACACGGGCUAGGGACACGUCGUAGGAUAAUGUAUAGGGAAGCUGGCUCCCUAUUCUUGAGGUAUGGUUUAUAUGGUAUUUUAAAAGAUACAGUGUGUAUUUUAUUUAUCACGAUGUUGUAAUAAAUGUUUAAGGCACGGAUAUGCCAGAGUUGGUCAUGGAAUGCAAUGUGCGCUAGUUUUUAAAUAUUCACUGGUCCUGUAAUGCAAGUGCCAUAAGCUACCCUUCCUAAUCCAUCUGUAACAUCCCCCAGUCAUAAAUUAUAGAAAAGAUCUUCUAAUUUUUAAUAUCCUGCAGCCAGUAAACUUGAAGCACUUUCUCCUUACCCGUACAGUUUAUGCUCCUGCCAAAACGCCGAGGUAGGUUGCUGUAUGUGCAGCUUUAAAUGAUCGAGUUCAGUGGGGUUUUCUUCCAUGUUUGUUUUCAAACGUUUCAGCCCCAGCCAAAGCCAUAUUCAGCCUGUCACUGUGGAGUCAUUCGCUGCCCGUGAGUCUGGCUUGGCUGGCAGGCAGAAUUGGUGUUGUCUAACUGAAGUGGACAGGUACAUGUGCACAUGGAAUGAAAAAACAAAGCUGGCCUCCACGGCUGGGAUUUUUCAGGAAAACGCCGCUUUCAGAGCCUGACACUUACUGGUUCAAAAGCCAAAUGUGCUAGGGGACUUGGAAAGACAAAUGAAAGAGGAAAAAGAAUGAACUAGUUAUAACAGCAUGGUCAGGCUUAUUUUAUUUAAAAAGAAAAAAUUCUGGUUUAAAACAUUUUUCAUUGGGGACAAAGGGGAAAUACUGAUAACUGAGCUUUAAAACUGCUUUACAGUUAUUUUGAUUAAAACCUCUCCCAAAGCUACUUGUUGUACUGCUUGAACAUUUAUGAACUAAAUAAAGAGAUGUAGGUUUUUUUAAAGGUGUUAUUCAUUACUUUACUAAUGUAUUGAAGGAAUAUGAACAGGAACGCCCAGAGCUAUAUAGCAGUCAUUUAUAGAAAAUACCUUAUAAAGUACAUUGCAGGUACACUGUACUCCUAAUAAAAUAUUUUUUAAUCAAGUGCUUUUUUCAAGUGUUUUACAUGAAAACAAGGGUUAGUUUCUGUGGUAAAUGGUGUUGUUCAGAACAAACUGCUUUCUGGAAACAAGCCCGUUAAAUGGUGUGAAGAACACAGCAUGUGUUAGGUCUGAGAGCAGAAAUGGGAGGAGGUACAGCCACAGCUUACUGGGUAGCUGCGGGCACAGCACGAUUUAGGGAUGGUGAAGGUAGGAAUAUUUUCACUCAGUUUCCUAAUUUGUCUUUAGGAGAGUUCAAGCAGCUUGCUCCAGUUAAUUCUUUUAUUCCCCACUUAGUUUUACAUAUAUUCCUAGAAUCUGCAAAAUGGAAAAUAUGAACUGGGAGAUGGUUCUGCCCUCUGCUGUAAUAUGGUCUAUUGACUUCAUUACAGCCCUUGAUCUGCUUUUUCUUGGCUCAAAAUUGAGUCACUAGGACUGUGUUCUUCUGGGUGGCAAAGCACCUGUGGAAAGUUGGGGGAUUUUUUAAGAGCUCUUUUUUAAAGAUACACAUUUGGUUUAAAUUUUAAGUAAUAAUGAAUUCUCUCCCCCACCUUGUUAAAGCAAAACUGAUAAGAGGCUUUAAGAUUUUAUGGACUGGUUCCUAACCAAUUGGUAAGAGGGUCACUUGACAAUUAAUGACAGCAGAGGACACAAAACCACCCCCCUGCUGUGAAACCUCUGUGAAAGCCAUCUGCAGUCCCAGCACUUCUCCAUUUACACACCCAGAAAUCUGCCUCUCCUCCUACACCCCCAGCACCGCUGCUCUUUACCACAAAGUCUUUGCACCCAGCAUGCACACUGGUCUUAGCACAGUUGUCUUGUCCAGUAUUACCUAACUUCUAAAAUCAAGAUCAGGCAUUUAAUAGAUUCAGGGUUUUUAUUAGUUUUUCCAUGUGAACAUUACAAUUUAUAAUACAUCAUAUCUAGUUUGACCUCCAGAAUGAAUCUAAUUUAGUACAUCAUGGUAUUAGUAAAAACAAGCCUGAUAAGUGGGCUAAACUUCCAACUAGUAUCUUCAUACCCUUCCGACAAGGCAAGCUAGACUGUCAAUCACUUUACAGACAUUUAAGUAGUGUUUUCCAAAAACCACCCAGCCCCAAAUUAAACUAGGAAGCGAAUACAAUUUAAAGCAGGAAAGAUUUGGUCAU